AAUCUAAAUCCGACAUGGUAGGCACCAACUACCCGGCUGUUAUGUCCUUAAAGUUAUUGUAUUGCCAUGUCCAUGGCCGUGUCACGUGGGCAUACGUAGGGAUCUCCACCAUGGCUGUGGCUUGCAUGUGGUUUGAGUCUCUUAAAGGCUUUAGAUGAUGCACACCGGAAAACAUAGACCGCGGUUAAAGGAACCAAGCAUGUGUGGCUUGAAGUCUAUCCUCAGCGAUGGACCCAGAAGAGACACACUUUAGGUCACGGGCUAUGGAUUCUCUCAUUAGAUGUCUUGUUCCCACGUCAUUUAUGGCUGCAAGGGGCACAUCGUUUCCAUCCCACAUGCAGCUUGGUUCUUCUUGGAACUCCUCCUCUUCCUCCUCCUCCUCCUCCUCCCUGUGAGAAGAGAGGCAAAGCGUGUUUGUUUCUUCUGCUGUUGUGUUCUGCCAUGGGAGGCCGCUCCAGCUUCCUCCGUGUCGCCCUUCUCACGUUCUCGUUGGGGUUCUAUUUCGUCUCAUGUUGUGUUGGGUUCGUCGAGGGCGGCUACAGCAAUGCCACGAAGAGGAAGAGGGUCCCCGUCCGGCACCAGCUCUCGUUGGACUUCUACGCCAACACCUGCCCCCACGUCGACCAGCUCGUCGCCUCCGUCACCGCCCGACGGUUCCGUGACUCGCCGGCGUCCGGUGCCGCCACCAUCCGCCUCUUCUUCCAUGACUGCUUCGUCGAAGGCUGCGACGCGUCCAUACUGAUCGCGCCGACCACCGGCGGGAAGGUGGUGGUGGAGAGGGACGUGGAGGACAACAAGAACCUGGCGCCCGAGGCGUUCGAGACAGUGGAAAUGGCCAAGGCGUUGGUGGAGAGCAAGUGCCCCGGCAUGGUCACCUGCGCCGACAUCCUUGCCAUGGCUGCCAGAGACUUCGUCCGCCUGGCAGGAGGGCCGAACUAUGGCGUGAAGAAGGGGAGGAAGGACAGCAGAGUGUCGAUGGCGGGGAAGGUGAGGGGUAACCUCCCUCGAGCCAACUCCACGGUGGACGAGCUCAUCCGGCUGUUCGCGGCCAAGGGGUUUCGCACGGAGGACCUGGUGGCGCUGUCGGGGGCGCACACCAUCGGCUUCUCCCACUGCGACCAGUUCGUGAGCCGACUGUACGACUUCCGCGGCACCGGGGAGCCCGACCCCUCGAUCGACCUGCGGCUCCUCAAGGCGCUGCGGAUGUCGUGCCCCCGCUCCGGCGGCAACAACGACGUGGUGGCGCCGUUCGACGUGCAAACCCCCUUCUCCUUCGAUCACAUGUACUACGGCAACCUGGAGGCCAAGAUGGGGCUGCUGGCCACGGACCAGGCGCUGUUCCUGGACCCGCGGACGAGGCCUCUGGUGCAGGGCCUGGGAAGGGACAAGGUCAGGUUCUUCGAUGCCUUCGCUGCGGGCAUGGAGAAGAUGGGAUCCAUCAGGGUGAAGAAGGGGAAGACGGGGGAGAUCAGGAAGGUCUGUAGCAAGCACCUGGCAGCUUGA